AUGGAACUAACAGACACAUCCGAUGACAUUGAUCAAUUGGACGUCGAGACAGCCGAAGAUCAGCGAAAGUCGUUCCAACCACAGAAGAACAUCGAAGAUAUUGAACAUCCAGAUGAGGAAGAUGAUGAUGAGGUCCCUUCGCACGAGAUUCACACCGGCGACGACAGUGUAGCCAAAAACGACGACAAACCAGAGCCGGAGAACAGUCGGCAGUUCGACGGUCUCAGCGCCCUCCAAUCGCAAUUGAGUCAACCGAACUUGAAAUUUCAUGAAAUGUUCGAAACACAACGGAAACUCUACAAUAACAUUAUCGAACAGCAAAAGAAAUUCUUUCCGCCACCACCGCCUCACCAGCAAGCGUCAGUGGAAAUUGCGCCUGAAAAGGCUCGAGCCAGAGACUUUACGCAGCUGGCACAAACACUCAAGAACGAAAUCAUCGACUCGCUGUCUGGAUCGAUCGAUAAGGUCCUGAAGGAAUGGGCAGCUAACGAGAUGGCUCGCCUUCAACAAGAAGCGGCUCGACCAGCCAUGCCGCCAUGUUCAACACGUUGUUCCCGGCGCCAAAUCCGCUGGCGGCACAUUUUGGCCUCAAUCCGCACAGUAAGUAGCGUUAUAUAG